UUUAACUUCCUUUCACAGUAACUGCGAAACCCUACAAUUUUUUCCAUCCCAUUCAUGGCUCAGAUUUCUAAUGUCAGUGUUGGAGCUAAAACAUAUCAUAUCAAGAAACCCUGAAAGUCAUAUUUCCAUCAUCCCAAUGGCAAUUAUUGACGAUGCUCUUCGCCAGGCUUUCAUGCCAAAACAUGAGUAUGAGAACCUCAGAGAGGAAGAGAAAGCUUGGGGCCGACUACAGAGGUCAGCUGUCAUGGUUACUAUGACGAUUCUAUGGUUUGUAGUUCUCAUUUCUGUUUUCAUUAGCUUAAAGAUUGUUUUCCCCGAUGAUGAGGGGAAGAGAUCCUUCUGUAGAGAUCGGCGGCUUCAGCAUUUGCCAAGAAAUAUGACUGGGAAUUCUGAUAUGUAUGUGGCUCCGUUUGAUCUCACAGAGCAAGAGAUGGCUGAUUAUUACUGGGUAGUUGUGUUCAUCCCAUCAACAAUCCUUUUCUUUGUCUCGGUUAUGUACCUUGUAUCAGGAAUCAUUGUUGCUUAUUCUGCUCCAGCCAGACAUGAUUGUUUAAUGGUAGUGGAGAAUAACUACUGUGCUUCAAAAAGGGGUGGUGUUCGCUGCUUGUCUGUUCUCAAUGUUAUAUUUGCCAUUGUAUUUGGUCUUCUUGCACUGUUUUUGGGAUCAAGCCUUCUCACAUUUGGGAGCAGUUGUUCCUUACCCCUGUUUUGGUGCUAUGAGACUGCAUCAUGGGGACUGGUUGUUCUGUAUGGGGGUACUGCUUUUUUCCUAAGAAGAAAGUCUACUGUAAUUCUUGAUGAAGGCAAUUUUUCUGGUAGAAAUCUUGGGCUGGAGAUGUUGGAGGCAGCUCCCUUGGAUGUGACACCCGAGAUGGAGAGGCAAGUGAAUGAUGGGUUUAAGGCAUGGAUGGGGUCAUCCAUACUAUCAUCUGAUGAAGAGGAUGAGGCUACUAAGUACCAGGAGAUACCAUAUUUAACCCAAACUAAUUCUAGCAGGCAAAGAAUGUGAAGUUUCCUAUUCCUAUGUUCCAAUUACAUUGUAGUUCCAACGAGUAGUGGCAGAAACAUCGGCACCAAAAAACCAAGUUGGAGUUGAAUGUUGGAAUAAGAAUGCAUAAGGUUUUAUGUCAAAGAAAUUCAAAGAGUGG